AUGGGUUACGGAGGACCGGCUGCGAGCUCGGCCGCGUUAAGCCCGAAGGGUGUUAUUAUAGGCCAAGUACUUACAGUAGUCGCUCGGGCUUUCUGUGGAGCCCGUAGAUCGAUCCGAAAGUUUGCCCUCCCCCGCCUCCUCUCUGGGAGAAGCGCAAAUACCGCCAUGCAACUGGAGGGAGGGGGUGCUUCGGGAGAGGAGGAGGGGAAGGGUAAGCAGAGAAAUCCCCAUUUCCGGGAAACCCAGACAGCCCACCCCUCCCGUGGCCCGAUUAAAGCCUACCUAAGAGAAUGGGGACCUGAUCCACCCGGACUGACGCGAGAUCAUUUCCCUUGA